AUGAUGGAUAAAAACAUCAAACUGGCUGAUAAACAUGACCCUGCUGAGGAUUGUGCUCUGGGAAGCAUUGCAAUGGACGACAAGAAGUUGCUUCGCAAGCUUGACUGGCACAUUCUGCCCCUUAUGUUCAUGACUUAUUUCUUGCAGAUGAUUGACAAGAUAUCCAUCAACUAUGCGAACGUGAUGGGAUUGCAGGAUGACUUAGGGAUGACCGGCAAUGAUUUCUCCUGGUUAGCAACGGCCUUCUUCAUUGCAUAUGCCGUGGCAGAGAUUCCUCAGGGAGCUCUUUUGCAGCGGUUUCCAGUGAUAAAAGUGCUUGGGGUCAAUGUUUUCUGCUGGGGUAUCAUUUUGUGCUGUUCCUCUGCUGCGAAGAACUUCUCCCACAUGCUCGCCUUGAGAAUCCUCUUGGGGUUAAUGGAGGCCGUCAUCGCACCCUCUCUCACAAUGUAUACGAGCAUGUGGUACGUUCGUGCGGAAUCUACACCGCGUUACGGGUUCUGGUACUGUGGCCUAGGGGCCGGGCAGCUCGUUGGUGGGCUCAUUUCCUUUGCUGCUCAACAAGCCCCGUUGAAUAUGUCUUUCGGUGGCUGGCGUAUCAUGUUCGUGGUCAUUGGUGUUGUCAAUAUCUUGGUUUCAUUGCUUGUCAUCUUCUUUCUCCCUAAUACUCCGGACGAAGCCAAGUUUCUCAAUGAUUCAGAAAAACGACGGAUUGCACAGCGAUUGACUGACGAUCAAGCUGGCGUGGGUGUCAAAGUCUUCCGGUUGCGAUCGGUUCUUGAAGCAUUCGGAGACCUCCAGACUUGGCUUCUUGUCUUGCUUACUAUCCUCAUCACAUUCCCGAGUAGUGUGAUUACAACCUUCUCCGCCAUCCUGAUAAAGGACUUUGGAUAUACCUCUGAGGAAAGUGCAUUACUCAAUAUGCCGUCUGGCGUCGUGAGUAUCGUGGCGACUAUGGUUUCUACGUACGCAAUUUCAAAGGGAUUUUCGCGAUGGCUGGCAAUUGACUUGUUACUUCUUCCAACACUUCUUGGGUCUUGUUUGAUGUCUUUUCUCCCUGCGGCAAAUCAAGGUGGUUCCUUAGCUGGUAUCUACCUAGUCAACACGACUGUCGCCCCUUUGGCCUUGAUUUUUGCUUGGACAGGUGCAAAUUUCAAGGGAUACACAAUGAAGGUUUCUGGUGCAGCCCUUAUCUCCGCUGCAUUCAGCAUUGCGAACAUUAUCGGACCUCAAACCUUCCAGGCAAAGGAUGCUCCUCGAUAUAUUCCGGCAAAGAUCACCAUUGUCGCUGCAAAUGCUGCCGCCAUCAUCGUCUCCACUGCUUUGCGCAUUGUGUAUGGGAAGCGCAACUCCACCGCAGAUCGGCUGGGCACACCGGCACGUAGUCGCGUAGAAACACGUUUGGCCGAGAAAAGGACGGUACACGAUGUUCACGAUGAUGAGAAUUUCCGCUAUGUAUAUUAA